GCUGACAACCCCAGCUGAUCUCAGCCCAACUGUGCGACUGGUCUCAAGAUUGAGCAUCGGCGCGUACCAUCUCGUCGACACCAGUGCUUGAUCAACACAAUAUGGCGCCCUGACCCCCGGUUCGGCGAUACUUCACCACCCGUCCUCGGCCUCAUGUUUCGAUACUCGUCGUCAGCAACACGGGCACCACCGACGUCUGCUGAGUGCGACCUCACGCAGCGGUUUCUGUCAAGUUUCAAAUAACAGUGCCGCGUGGAUGUCUACGAGUACGUAUGACUAUUUCUGUGAGUAUAUAGAGGCAGAGCCGCAAGUAUCAAAUAUCUUCAUCCAGUCAACCAUCUAGUACUUCAUCGCAGGCGAUUCCUUCAAUUCUCAUACUCUUCUUCAUUAACCGGCCGGUCCGAUUUUAUUCUCAAUAUCCAAGAUGCGUUCAUUCAGUGUCCUCCUCGCUCUUCUUUUCGCUUUCGCCGCGACGUCUUACGCCUGGCCCAGCGCUGAGUUCCCCAGCCUCGAAGCUCGCAAGCAGGAUGGUGGCAACAGCACCAAGUCCAACGAUCCCCAGCGCGCCCUCAAGAAGUCAUGCCAGAAGAUGCGCAAACUCAAUGCUCUUUCUGCGCUCGCCAUGAACCAGACCAAGCUUGAUGCAUGGGUCGCUCAGGGCAAACUCGACGCCGCCGAAGUCAACACUAUCAAGGCGAAGGCUGCAAAUGCUACUGAGACGCUUAAGACUAUGGAGUCUAAUGCGACUCUUGUCAGUGAAUGCGCCGUCGUAAAUGCUGAGCGAAAGACCAUCGGCCAGUGCAACCAGAUGAAGAUGUUGACCAAGCUUGCUGCACUGGCAGGCAACGCGACCGCCAUGACUGCGUACGAGCAGAAGAAGAAACUCAACGAGACUGGUAUCGAGAAGCUUAAGGCCAAAAUCGCAACCGCGCAGACCAAGUUGACCGAGAUGAAAUCAAACACCACUCUCACGACCUUCUGCACCCAGCGGGCCCAGCAGCAGCAACAGAAGGGCGAUACCUCCUCAUCCGGCUCGUCCUCUGGCGCUACCGCCGCAGGUCAGACACAGGCUAAGAGCAGUGCAGCAGGUCUCACCGCACAGACGAUGCCGUACAUUCUCGUACCCGCGCUUGCUGCCGCCUUCGCACUAUUCUUGUGAGCCUCAGAACAGCAAACGGCAUCGACCCGAUAGCCGCUGGUCAGCGCCGGGAAUCUCGCAGCAAGAUCACGAAGUGACAUCCGCAGUGCGCGAUGAACCCAUCCUUCACCACAGCGGACUGCAGUGAUCACCCUAUCAACUUCACUUCUGUAGUCAACCAUCAAUAAUAGCCACCAUAUACGU